GAUGUUUGUGCUGGCCCUCGUAUGUACCGUGCUUUGGCACACCAGGUGGACCUCGAACAGCACGCCCCUACAGUCACAACCUUCAAGAUGCCUGAGGACUUUCAAAGUAUCCUGGAUAAGCAAGUGAUUGGACCAACCACUGAGAACCUCGUUAAGUCAGAUUUCGCAGCACAAUCGUUUAAGCCUAAAGUGCAGGUUGCCUUCCAAAGGCUUCCAGGGCAAUGCCCUCGGGCACUUGAAAUAGAGAGGAAAAGGCGGCUAUAUCUCAGCUUCGAUAUUGCUCAGCUCUUAGCUGAAAAGGGGAUAGACUCCAAUCAGCUGGUGCCAAGGCAUCAUGAUCCUGACAAUAUGCCAGCUAUUGCAGAGAAGAAAGAUCCUGUCUUUCCCAUCUACCUCCCAUUAAAAAUGUUUGACAAUAAAGAUUAUGACUGUCGAACUCCAGAAGAGUGGAUCUCACUAGGACUGGAGCCAGGUUCCUACGACAGAAAGCCAGUGCCUGGAAAAGCACUUCUACCUACGGAUGAUGUACUGGGACAUGAGAACCCCAAAAGCCAGAAGUUAAUCUACAAGUGGAUUGAUGUUGGUGUUCUGGAUUAUGACAAGGAGACAGAGCUCUACUUGGUCCAUAAAACAGAUAAGAAUGGGCUGGUGCGGGAUGAAGAAGGGAGACCCAUCCUCAAUGGAGGGAUAACUCCAGAAGGAAGAGCCCCAUUGUUGCCAUGUCAGUACUGGAUGCCACGAGUUUACCUGCAGUUCCUGGCUGAAGAUCCCUGGGUGUUCACCCAGCGGGUAAUUUCUGCCGACAGCUUGCGUAAGAAGACAGAGGCGCUGCUACGCUAUAACCUGUAUGUGGACUGCAUGCCCACAGAUGGGCAAAAUAGCAUCUGUGAAAAGAGCCUAGAAAAAAUUAACCUGUUGGCUAUAAAUACUCCUAAACUGAAGAAAGACAAGAGGGUCUUAGACUAUAUGUGCCACCUGGAGAAAGAAUUGAGAUUAGACUAUGAACGCACCAUGAACAAGAUGAUCUUUGACAGAGUCGUCGCUUCCAAAUCUGAGACGUUUCAUUAUGUCACCCUGCCAGACAAAGAGGAAGAGAAAGCGCCAGAGAAAGGACUCAUCUGGAUUGCAGACUAUCCUUUUCAUAAACAACAAGCAGAUUUUAAUUUUGUCUCGCUCCUGACCAGGCCAGAAGUCGUCCUUCUCCUUACACAAGUGCAAGCUGAGUGCAACAAGGCAGCCACCGUGUCUCUGUUUAACUUAACUUUAGCCAAGCAUGUCUGCUUGGAGGAGUUUGAACAGAUCCAGACCCAGACCUUCACUCAGGUUCAGACAUUUCUCAAGGAUACUUGGGUGAAUGCUCUCAAGACUGUAGUAAAGAACAACCUGAAAGAUGUGGGCAAAACCUGGUACAACCUGAAGCAGAACCACUGGGAUACUUACCAGAUGUCCAAACUGUGUAAGCUGAUGAAGCGCAUCAGAUUCAUGCUUCAGGAAUCUCUGCGGUGUCUGGUCCAGAACUCACUGAUCAGCUUCACCCGGCUUUUGCUGGAUGCUUGUCGUGGUAUCCUGAAUUGCUCAAAGGACAUGGAAUGGGGAGAUGACCUCGUGAAUAGUCCCUACAGGCCCCUGAGGAAUCCACUCUUUUUAACAGACCUUGUGCUGGACAGCAGUGGUGUUCACUUCAGCCCACCUGUGGAGAGCUUUGAGAAGUCCCUCAUUUCUCUGUUUGACCAGGGAAUCCUGAUGACUCACACAGUCCCACAGCUGGAGAAGUAUGUGUUGGAGAACAUACCUAUCACUGACACACCCUUACUGCGCUCAAGGGGCUUGCACGAGCCAGAAGUGGAAGAACUACGCGAGGCUCUGCGGUCUGCCAUUCAAAAGGCACUGACCCCUCUCCAAGCUUACGCCAAGAGAUACGAGAAGUUCUUGGAGCUAAAUAACAAUGACGUGCAGUACUUCCUAAGAGACUAUGAAGAGCAAUGUCCAUCUGCCCAAAAGGUGAAAAGUAUAGUAAACAUGCACUUAUCUGAAAAGGAGCACUUGGACAAGAGUCUGCCUAGUUCUAUUGUCAUUGGUCCCUUCCAUGUUUACACGGAAGGUGUUAAGCAAAAUCUGUCCAAAAAAUACGAAGCACUUGCUACUUCCAUGUUGGAUAUGCUGGCUAAAACCCUCCAUUUGCGGGUGAAGAAUAUCUGUGAUGCGUAUAAUGCUGUCAGCUGCAGAAUGCAAGAGAAACCAAAUACCAUUGAGGAUCUGGCUGAGCUGCGGGAGUGGAUGAAGGGAGUCCCCAGGCAGCUGGCUGGGCAGGAGGAACUGAUUCGUGAAGUCAUGAAAGACUACGACGUCUUGGAGGAGUUCUUUUAUGUUCUUACCGAUGAAGAUUUCAGUGACAAGUGGGCUGCGAGUUUCUGGCCAGCAAAAUUAACUAUGCAAACUGAGUCCAUUUUGCUGCAGCACCUGGAGGAUGAAGACAAAUUUCGCCGGAUCCAUGUCGUGGAUCAGAACAGCCUUCAAAAAAAUCUGGAAGAGAUGGAGCUGAUUGUAGGUGGAUUUUCCAUCCGUGGAGACAUUAACCAAGCUCACGAGUUGGCUAACAGCACAAGGGAGGUCAGGAAGGAACUGAAGAAGCUUCAGAAUUUGACAGUUCUCUAUAACAACAGGGAAAGAAUCUUUGGGAUGAAAGUUAUUGAUUACAGCAAGGUAUCCAGUGUGAUUAAGGACUUGCAGCCAUACUGUGAUCUCUGGACUACUGUGUUAGACUGGAUGCACUGGCAUGAGAGCUGGAUGAAUGAUCCUCUUGUGGAAAUUGAGGCUGAUGAAGUAGAAAAGAAUGUCAGUGAGUCUUUUAAGACCAUGAAAAGAUGCGUGAAGCAGUUCCAGGAUUCACCAGUCUGCCAGGGUGUGGCAAUGGAGUUUCAAGAGAAGAUUGAAGAAUUCAGACUAUACAUCCCCUUAAUUCGAGGACUGUGCAAUCCUGGCAUGCGAAGCCGUCACUGGGAGAUGCUGUCAGAAGAACUUAACAUCGAUAUCAAGCUAGAACCCAGCCUGACCAUUGGUCACUGCUUGGACAUGAAACUGCUGGACCAUAUCAAUAGCAUUACCAAAGUAGCUGAGAUAGCUGGCAAGGAAUACGCCAUUGAGAAUGCACUCAAUAAGAUGGAGAGUGAAUGGAACUUCAUUUUAUUUACUGUGACACUUUACAAAGACACGGAUACCUUUAUUCUGAAAAACACUGAUGAAGCUUCUCAGCUCCUACGUGAUCACAUUGCCAUGAUUCAGAGCAUGUCCUUCUCACCGUUCAAGAAACAUUUUGAGGAAAGGAUGAACAUGUGGGAAAAUAAGCUGAAGAUGACACAGGAUGUCCUAGAGGAAUGGCUGAACUGCCAGUGCUCUUGGCUCUACUUGGAGCCCAUCUUUAGGUCAGAGGACAUCAAAAGACAGCUUCCAUUGGAAAGCCAGCAGUACCACACCGUGGAUGCAGACUGGAGGAGCAUCAUGAAAAACGCUAAUGAAAACCCUAAGGUGAUUUCCUUGUGUCCCGAUCCUGUGUUACUAGAGAACCUGCAAAAUUGUAACAAACUACUCGAACUUGUGCAGAAGGGGCUGAGUGAAUUUCUGGAGACGAAGAGAGCCGCAUUUCCCAGGUUCUACUCCCUUCCAGAUGACGAGCUGCUGGAAAUACUGUCUCAGACAGAAGACCCCACUGCUGUACGACUUCACCUCCACAAAUGCUUUCGGAAGAUUGCACAGCUGCUCUUCCAAGAGGACCUGCAGAUCACACACAUGUACUCUGCUGCAGAAGAAGAGGUGGAGCUCUUUCUUCUGAUGUGUCCCACUGAUAAAGUGGAGGACUGGCUGCUGGAAGUUGAGAAAUCCAUGAAGGCCAGUAUAUGGGACAACAUAGAAAGAUCAGUUGGUGUUUAUCACAGCCUCACUGCAUUCCUAUACUACUGGACGAGGAGGGAACUGUAGAUCAGAGCAAUCCAUGCUGAAUUUAUCUAUGGCUGUGAGUACCUGGGGAACAAUGGCCAUCUGGUUAUCACACCCCUCACUGACAGGUGUUAUCUGACACUUACAGAAGCUCUGUACCUGAAAUUUGGAGGAGCACCUGCAGGACCAGCAGGACCAGGCAAAACAGAAACAACAAAAGGCCUGGGAAAAGCACUAGCAAUCCAAACUGUAGUGUUCAGUUGCUCUGACCAGCUUGACUUUAUGACAAUGGGAAAGUUUUUCAAGGGAUUAGCCAGCUCUGGCGUGUGGGUUUGCUUUGAUAAGUUCAACCACAUUGAUAUCAAGGUGCUAUCUGUGGCGGUCCAGAAGAUCACAACCAUUCAGAAAGCACAGCAGCAGAGGGGAAGUGAUGAGCAUGUGGAUCACUUUGUGUUUGAAGGCAGAGAGAUCCCACUGGUCCCAUCCCAUGCAGUCUUCAUCACAAUGAAUCCAGGUUAUGCUGGGUGUACUGAACUGCUUCAUAACCUGAAGGCUCUCUUUUGUCUAGCUGUGAUAGUCACAGAUUACCCCAUGAUUGCUGAGAUCUCACUCUACUUCUUUGGGUUUAAUGAAACCAAACUCCUUGCAGAGAAGAUCAUCACAACAUUCAAACUGUUGUCAGAGCAGCUCAGCACCCAGAACCACUAAUGAUUUGAGAUGAGAGCUGUGAAGACUGGCAACCUCAGAAGAGAGAGUUCUACUAUGACUGAGGAGCUGAUCUGCCUUCUGGCUAUCAGGGAUGACAAAGUAUCCAAAUUCCUGCAGGGUGACCUCAAGCUCUUCAGUGAUACUGCCUCAGAUUUAUUUCCCAAGGUCAGAGAAGAGCCCGUUGAUGAUGGCUUCCUGGAAGAAGCCAUCCACAAAUCUUGCAUCAAAGAGAAUCUGAAAGAUGUUGAUGGUUUUGUGACUAAAGGCAUCCAACUCUAUGAAACCACUGUGGUUCAUCAUGGCCUUAUGCUGAUGGGACCAACAGGUUCUGGCAAGACAAAGAUAUGUUAUGAAGUCCUGGCAGCUGCAAUGACAUCACUGAAAGGUCAGCCUGCAGCCAGUGGUGGGAAUUCCGAAGCAGUCAGCUACUUUGUGCUGAAUCCCAAAUCCGGCACAAUGGGCCAGCUUUAUGGAGAGUUCAACUUGCUAACGCAUGAGUGGACAGAUGGGAUCCUUUCCUCACUUAUUUGGCGAGCAGCUGUAGCCACUGACAUGAGCGAGAAGUGUUAUGUGUUUGAUGGGCCAGUUGAUGCUUUGUGGAUUGAGAACAGGAACACGGUGCUAGAUGACAAUAAGAAGCUGAGUCUUGGCUCAGGGGAAAUCAUCAAGCUGUCAGAGAGCAUGACUAUGGUAUUUGAAGUCCAGGGUCUGAUAGUUGCUUCCCCUGCCACAGUCUGCUCUGCCGUGGUUUAUCUGGAACCCAGCAUUUUGGGGCUGGAACCCUUCAUUGAGUGCUGGCUGCAAAAAACCCCACGCAUCAUGAAGCCCUUCGUACAACAGCGAGCAUCUCUCCUCAGGAGACUCCUCAACGUGAGUUACUGUUUUGUGAAGGAGAUAAUUGCUUCAGCAGCCAGUAACCUCACCAGGAGCCUCCUCAUGCUCUCGGAAUGUUCGUUUCAGCCUUUCAUUCCCACUGAGGGAAUCAAGAUGAUUCCCCAGGAAAAGGCAGCUCAUAUCAGAGAGCUGAUUGAACCCUGGUUUAUAUUUGUCUUGAUCUGGAGCAUGGGUGCUAUUGGAGAUUCCCAGGGUCAUAUGGCCUUCAGCAUGUGGCUGAGGGAGAAGAUGGCAAAGGAAGAGAUCCAAUUACUUUUCCAAGAAGAAGGACUGGUUUAUGACUAUGAACUAAUCACCAUGGCUCCUGAUACCAGCUUAUGUGACAUUGUUGUGCCUACAAUGAACACAGCCCAAACGGCUCAUCUGCUGGAGCUGUUGCUCACCAACCAUAAGCCGGUUCUCUGCAUUGGUCCCCCUGUCACAGGGAAGACUCUCGAUUACAUGCAAGUUUUAGAAGAGCUUCCACUCUUCCUGGUGUUUUCAGCACACACCUCUGCUAAACAAACCCAGGAUCUCAUUGACAGCAAACUGGAUAAGAGACAGGCAGAGGCGUGUGGGCCUCUAGUUGGGCAGUACUUCUUAUUUUGUAUUGAUGGCUUGAACGUGCCCAUGCUGGAGCAGUACGGUGCUCAGCUGCCCACGGAGCUGCUGCAGCAGUGGAUGGACCACCAGGGCUGGUACGACAGGAAACAGAUCAGUACUUUUAAGAAGCUGAUAGGUAUUAAUUUUGUCUGUGCCAUGGGACCUCCUGGAGGGGGAAGAAAUGCUGUCACUCAACUUCGCUACCUCUCCUUCACUGAGAUGGAGGAUAGCAGCAAGCAAACCACCUUCUCCACCAUCCUUGGCAGCUGGAUGGAUGGACUCCUAGGAGAAAGAAGUUACAGAGAUCCAGUGUCAGGAGCACUUGCGGUCAAAGACUUGAACAAGCCCUUGGUUGAUGCCACUGUGUGCGUCUUGACCAUCACAUCCCAGCUGCUGCCCACAUCAGCACAGUCGCAUUACACCUUCAGCCUGAGAGACCUCUCCAAGCUGUUCCAGGACAUGCUCAUGGCUGAGCCCAGCAAGUUCCAGAACAAGCUGGACCUGCUGAGACUGAGGUACCAUGAGAGCUGCCAGGUCUUCUGUGAUCACCUGGUCAGCAAAGAGGACCAGACCUGGUUGGACAACCUGAUGAAGAGUGUGAUGGAGGAGGAGUUAGACACCACUUUUGAAGAGAAUCCCUUCCCAGCAGUUCUGUUAGGAGACUUCAUGGAGCCAGGUGCUGGUAUCAAAUUGUACAAAGCAACCAACAGCAAGGACCCUGGGAAUUAUGAUGAUCUGAAGGUUGUGAUUGAGGAUUACCUGGAGGAGUAGAUCAACAGCCCAGAGCUGAAGCUUGUUCUUUUCAUGGAUGCAAUACAGCACGUUUGCUGAAUUAGCCAGAUCCUGCAGCAGGCUCCAGGGAAUGUUCUUCUUCUGGGUGUUGGGGGAAGUGGGAGACAGUCUCUCAUCAGACUGGCAUCUCACAUAGGCACUGGGCUCAAGAAGCAGCAUGACUCUAUUAAAAAUUAAUCCUUCCUUAAUGAUAUUAACAGCUUGCUCAGCUCAGGUGACAUUACCAACAUUUACAGCCCUGAAGAUCAAGAACAGAUGGUGAAGCCUGUUGUUCAAGAUCUAGGGCGGCAGCCCACCAAGGCCGAUUUGAUGACCACAUACAUAAGACGGGUUCACAGCAUUAUCCCCGUGGUCCUGUGCAUGAGGUACAGCUCAAGGACUCAAGUAUGUGUAGAAAUCCAUUGGAGUGUGGCAAAGAAGUGCCAAAUGUACCUAGCAGAGCUGGCCAGACACAAUUAUGUCGCUCUCAAGAGCUACCUCAAGUUUCUCAGCAUCUAGUUGAAGAAAAAGAAGAAACAAGAACUGAAGAUAGCCAAGAACAGGAUGAAAGGUGGCCUGGACAAGGUCUUGCAAGCGGCAGAGGAUGUAGCGAAGGAGCAGGAGGAGCUGGAACCCGCCCGCCCUCUCCUGGCACGGGCAGCCAAGGACAGAGUGGCAACCAUAGAGCAACUGCAGGCUGAAGAGACAAGAAGUGAUGUGCAGUCUGAGGAGAUCGAGGCCAAUACAAAAGCUCAGGCAGCUCAAGCCAUUGCAGAUGAUGCUCAGAAGGACUUGGCUGGCCUCCCAGCUCUGGACACUGCUCUUAAAAGCCUGAGGAGCCUCAAAAAGAGUGAUGUUACAGAGGUGAAGCUCCAGCAGAUCCCCCCCACCAGACCCAGGCGGCUGUGCUGGCCCGCCAGCCACGCAGCCAUCUCCUCCUGCCUCUUGCUCAUAAACAGCGUGGCUGAUGAGAAGGUGCACUGGCAGGGCACCGUAGACCUGGGUUACAAGAUCAACAUCAGUGGGGGCAUGCUGGCUGCAGCUGGCUGUGUGGCCUACCUGGGCCCUUUUACCGGUCACUACUGCCUAGCGCUGUGCGAGGAGUGGCUGAGACAGCUGUCAGAAAACAACAUUCCUCACACCAAGAGGCCGAACCUCAUCAGCACUCUUGGAGACCCUGUGGAAAUCCUGUUCUGGCAGACUGCUGGUUUACCCAAUGACACCCUGUCUGUGGAAAACAGGGUAAACACGGUAAUAACACGGUUCUCCCAGUCCUGGGCUCACUACAUAGAUCCCCAAGCACGAGCAAACAAGCAGAUCAAGAAUCUGGACAAGGUGAACCCCCUGGAGGUGGCCAAGCUGAAUUACCAGGACUUCCUUGCAGUUUGGAAAAUGCCAUUACUUUUGGGUAAGCCCUUUCUGCUAGAGAAUGUCAGCGAGGAGCUGGAUCCGGUCCUUGAGCCUGUCCUACUGAAACAGAUCCUAUGUCUUACCUACAAACAGCAAGGCAACACCAUGCUGAAGCUGGGUGAGCCCUACCAUGAGAGUUUCAAGAUGUACAUCACCACCAACCUGCCCAACCCUCACUACAGCCCUGAGGUCUCCACGAAGCUCACCCUCAUCAACUUCACCCUCUCACCCAGGGGCUUGGAAGACCAACUGCUAGGAGAAGUGGUGGUCACAGAGCAGCAUGACUUAGAAGAAGCUAGAAACCAGGUAAUUGUUAGCAGUACCAAGAUGCAUCAGGAGCUGACAGAGAUAGAAGACCAGAUCCUGUAUUGGCUCAGCACUUCUGAAGGAAACCCUGUAGAUGACUUGGAGCUCAUCAAAGUGCUGGAGGCAUCCAAGCUCAAAGCAGGAGAGAUCCGGGCCAAGGUAAUGGUGGCCGAGCAGACAGAGGACAUCAACAUGACCUGCCGGCAGUGUGUGCCUGUGGCCAUCCACUUGCAGAUCCUCUGCUUCGGUGUCUCAGACCUGUCUGAUGUGGACCCCAUGUACCAGUACUCCCGUGAGUCAUUCCUCAACAUCUUCCUAACGGGGAUCAGUAAAUACAAGGGAGCAGACACCCCGAAGGACCGGAUCAUGAACAUCAACAACUACUUCACCUUCAAUCUCUAUAGCAAUGUGUGCCGUAGCCUCUUUGAGAAGCACAAGCUCAUAUUUGCCUGCCUGGUUUGCUGGUGA